UGGGCGGCAGCUCGAGCGGCGGCGGUUGCAUUCAAAUAUUCAAAUGGUCGGCGCUCCCGCGAGCGGCGUUGGGCCUGAGGGACGCGGAGAGCCUCAUCCCUUCCCUCCUCCUCCUCGACUGACUGACUGACCGACCGAUAAACAGACCGACUGAUAUCCCCCCUCUUUCUCUCCCCGAACUGAUCGACUGACGAGAGUUCCCCUUCACAACCACCGGACGCAGAAAGCGAGAGCUGGUGGGUGGUGUCGGUCAGUCGCAGGGCCAACGAGGGCUUUUGUACAGUGAGUUUAAUUUUGCAGACUUUUGUUUGUGAACACUGUGUGACCUGGUAUGAUGGCGGAAGCAGAGUGGGAGCUGAGUAAGGAGAACGUACAACCUUUGAAACAAGGCAGGGUUGUGAGUACCCUUCAAGGACUGCUUACACAUGAUGGUCCAAGUCACAUGAGCAUCCAGGAGCAGAAACAGGCUUUUGAAGCAGAAAUACGAUUUUAUUCAGGCGAUGACCCACUGGAUGUCUGGGACAGGUACAUCAAAUGGAAAGAACAAAUGUUCCCCAAUGGUGGAUCAGACAGUAACCUUACAGCCCUGUUGAAAAGAGCUUUGGAAGUGUUCAUAAAGGAUCAGCGGUACUAUAACGACUUUCGAUACGUCAGUCACUGGUUAAAGUUUGUUGACUGCUGUGUUGAGCCACUGGAAAUCUUUAAUUUCCUGAAAAGCACGGGAAUUGGUGUCUCAUAUGCUGCUGUCUACAUUGCCUGGGCUGAGCGGUAUGAACUGUUGGGGAAUAACAAAAAGGCUGAUGCUGUCCUUCAAGAGGGGAUUCAGCUGAAGGCUGAGCCACUUGAAAAGCUACUUCACCAUCACAGACACUUUCAGGCUCGAGUAGCGAAGCAAGUUAUGCUGGACAUCAACGAAGGAGUGGAUAAAGAUUCAUUUCCUGACACUGAACUACAAAGAACUACACUUGGGGAGCUGAAGGGCCAUGGUCGAAAGAAAAUUAUCACACCCGUUAGCCGGGUUGGCAGUUCUAUGAGUUCACAAAAACAAGGGCUGCAGCUACACGUGCCUCCCCCUCAGCAGCAGGGCUGCAGCUUCAAAGUGUUCAGUGAGGAUGGGCUCAGUAACCCGUCUAGAGACCAGCGUAUGCCAGCUCCACAGCCACAGGCUGCACUACCCUCAUCCACAGCUAAAGAGAACGAGUUGGAGCCAGGCCCUUGGAAUACUGCAAGGGUGCAUCAACACCCCAGCGUGCCCUCUGUUCCCUAUUCUCAACUGCUGUCAGCCAGCAAACCCAAUUUCCAGCUGUUUGUGGACGAAUCUGCUCAACCAGCGACUGUGACCACACGUACGAUUGAGCCCUGGUUCACCCCAGUGUUGAGCUCUCGUAAGCCCUCUGAAGCGGUGAAUCCGUUUAUCAGGCUACAAGCACAGGACUGCGAGGAGGAACAGAAACAGAAGUCCAUGUACCUGAAGGAAAAGGUCAAUGCUGGACUGUGCGAGUUCUCGUUUGAAGAACUCCGAGCAGAGGAAUUCAAGAAAAAGUAUAAACGCUCCACUCAAGAGCAGGAACAGAAGCUGUGUGAGUUGAAACAACAAAGUGAGGAGAUGGAGCGAUUAAUCCAAAUGGCACAAAGGAGACUAGAAAAUCAGCAGGCCUCCCUUAAUCCACAAAGCCAACCAGCCGAGCGAGAGAUUACCAAUCCCACAUCCAUGUUGGGUGCAUGUAACCAGUCCAUCCACACAGAUCAGAAUGUUUCCUCUCACGUGGCCUUUCCAGAAAGGUGUCAGUCCCACAUCCAGAACAUAACAUCGCAUCAGCCAUCUUAUUCAGGAUUUACAUCCAACCCACUUGUUCCAGAAUCAGAGCUAUCCCAAGUGAAAGUUGAAGAAAUGCAAAGAAAUGAAGGAUUCAAUGACCAAGCACUGAAAGUGAAGAGUUCACAUCCAUCAAACUUUACACCUAAUUGCAGGACAUCAACUAUAAUGGGUGCAAACUGCAUAAAAAACUAUCAACCAACUACUUCUGGGGAUCAACACACUCUGUCAGGGAAUCCAAGUUUACAGCUUGUCCAACCAUCUCCUACUCUGUAUACUAAGGAGGCAAUGGAUGCAAUAAAUGACAUGUUCCAGGUCUCAGUUACUAGUUCUCGAGCAGAGAAUGAAAGCCAGUUACAGAGUUUAUUUACCAUACCUUGUGCACACAAUGAUAAAGACUUGGAAUUUGAAGCCCGGUUUAUGAAUUCUGGCAAAGGAGAAGACCAGUGUAAAUCUACUUCAGUUCUACUCCCCUCAUCCUUUGGUUUGGGGUCAGUGCCUUUCACCAUUUUUGAUGAGAGUGAAGAAAGUGAGAACAAAUCAUCAACGAAACAAUUGCAGACUGGUGUGCGAAGGCCUCUCUCAGGAGUUCUCUCCUCUCACAGGAUUAUACCUGUGGAGACCUCUGUUGCACAAUGUGUUGAUCUGGAUGGAAUUGAGCCACUGAAUGAGGAUCUGAUCGUGAGCAGCGAUCUUCCAAACAAAACCCUUGGCCCCUAUCCUGAAAACACAUGCGACUUUGCAAGAGCCGCUCACCUGGCUUCAACCCCAUUCCAUUGCAACCGAUUGAACGAGGAUCAGGAAAGCGCUGUCAAAUGGGACUCCAUAAAUGCCUCUAAAAGUGCUUUCAGUUCACUGUCUCCCCUUAAGGAGUCCUUGUUUGACCAGCCGCUGCACCUAAAGAAACUGAGCCCUAUUCAGGAAGCGAGUGAUGAGGACGGUCAAUCCUCUGCAGCUACCACCUCGUCUGCUGUGUCGUCGUCGUCCUCAAUGGGGGGACUCUCCACAAUGAGGGACUUGAAUUUGUGUGAAAAACUGGAUCUGGGGCAGAGCACCUCCUGUGAGAACUUCCACGUGAAUGUCACCUCAGAUGACCCGUGGAGCAAGGAAGUACAGAAGCAGCUGCUGGGGUCACUCCACAAAACCCUGAAUUCUUUCCCGGAAUUCCAUGUUCAAAGCAGUCCAUUACCUCAUCCCAAAGAUGGGAGUGUGCUGAACCUGGGCUCGGAAACCUUUAAGAUCAAACAGGCUGUGGGGCGUGAGCAGUGCAGACGAUUCUAUGGGUCGAGUACCAGCUCACUGGUGUGCAAUGCAAUUAUAAAGGUGGAUUCCCACACUGUACCCUGGGAUUUCUACAUUAACCAGCAGCUGAAGGAACGCCUCGGGUCCCAGUUUUCCAACUAUUUCAGCAGCAAAUGUAGCUGCUAUCUGUUUGAAGAUGGCUGUGUGACGGUGGAUUGGAAUAUGAACUGCAAAACCAUACAGGACUUGCUCCAGGGUUUGUCGACCUUGCAGGUGGAGCUGACUUUAUUUCUGACACUCGAUUUGCUGGCCCUGGUGGAACAAUUACACCAAGCUGAGAUUGUUCAUGGAGACGUGCAACCUGAAACAUUGUUCCUGGGUGACUGGUUCUGCAAACCCUCUACGAGUUGUGUUAAUAUCGCUGGUAUGGUAAAACUAGUGGACUUCACUCACAGCUUGGACCUGAGACAGCUUUCUGACGUUGCCUCAUUUGCUGGUUUCCCAAUGGUACAAUCACUGCACACAAAGGAAGUGCUGUCUGAGUGCAGUAGUGUGUACCAGAUCGAUCUCCUUGGUGUUGCUAACACAGUGCAUCUCCUGCUGUUCGGAGAGCAGCUGAAUAUCUGCAAAAAAAAUACCCAGUGGGUGCUGACAUCUUUCAGGGAGAAUUUGCCGUACAGCAAGUUGUGGGCCACUUUCUUCGAAAAGAUCCUGAAUCCAGGAGAAAUGUCGUCUGUACAUAUCCUGAAGGAGCUGAGACAAGCAAUGAAAGAUGCCAUCGAGCCUGAAUACACUGCCCUGUACAAUGCUGCAAUAGUGCAAAGCCUAGAACUUUGAACUACAGUAGAACAAACAACAAUAUAUGUAUUUCUUAACUUUUUACGAUCCUGGAUUACCUUUUGUUACUAAGACUUUUUCUAAAUUCUGUCUUUCAUUUGCAUUAGUUUAGACUUAACUAAUGCUCACUUUCUUUUAAACUUACUGCCUUAACUGAUGACUGUACUUAAUUACCAAUAAAGAUUUUUUUAAACCA